AAGUGUCCACUAGCUCCUGGGUCGUGUGCUUAGCGAAACAAUAUGUCAACGGUGCCAAUGUAUCUGCGCGACCUGUGGGACGACGAUGUGUUCGACGGCCCGCGGCGAACCGCUCGGUUGUUCGAUCAGCAGUUUUCCUCCGGAUUAUUCUCCGAAGAGAUGCACCGGUUGGCAUCGAACUUUCAUUCGUCCAACUUUCUGCGUUCGUCCCGGUUCGGCAGCUUGCGCCGGUCGCCAGGUGUGGCCAGUGGCGAUUUUGGAGCGCCACCGAAGUUCACCACUCUCUGUGCGGCCAACCAGCGGCUUCAGAUCACGCUAGACGUGCAACAUUUCGCACCGCAUGAGAUCACCGUUAAAACCGUCGGUGGCACGGUGGUGGUCGAGGGCAAGCACGACGAGAAGCAGGACGAGCACGGCUACAUUGCGCGGCACUUCGUACGCCGUUACGUACUCCCCGAUGACCACGACCCGAAGGACGUCAUUUCGACCCUCUCGUCCGACGGUAUGCUGUCGAUUGUGUCCCCCCGGAAGGCACCGCCGCCUGCACCGGCCGAAACAGUCCACGAGCGAACCAUUCCGGUGCAGCGCAUCGAGGAGCGAACGACGGAAAGUGUCCGGACGACGUCGGAAAGUGUUACCAGUGAAAGCAGCCCGAAGUGAAGCUACUCAGCCGCAUUUGCCACAGCCAAUGAGCUUCGGUCUGAUGUGAUCUUUCCGCCGAUUUGCAUUCCUUCUGGUGGUCCCUGUUGCUCCCCGAACCAAAGUGAUUAGCAACGAAGGACGAUAACGUGUGAUAACGUGGUGCAAAUUGAAGCGAUUUGAAUGCA